AUGAUUGACCCGCUAGGAGGAGGCAGACCAAUUGUAGCAGCAGCAGCAUUUGUAGGAAUAUCAACAAUUCAGAUGGAGUGGAAUCAAGUGCACGCAUUAGAGAUCCUGUCAAGAAGUGGAGAUGGUGCUGAUAUGGGGGAUAUGAGUGAGGAGGAUCCAAUGGACAGCGGUGAGCAAGAGAAUGCGGCGUCUGUAGACGUAAUUGAUGUACAGAAUAAACUCGAAGCGGAAGAUCUAGUGCCGGAAGCUCUUAUCUCUACCGAUGCAUUGACUAAACAACAAGUGACGUCUAUAAAGAAUGAAGGAGAAAAAGCGGUAGAGUUUGCGAAGAACCCAGUGGAAAAUUCGGCGCUAUAUGUAAAAACUGAGAUUGAGAGUGGAGAAUAUGACAAUCCUGCUCUUAGCCAAGUGUUAGUGAACACACACUCAGCAGGAACGGAGCCUUCAGGAAAGGAGUCAGCAGUGACAGAGCCAGCAGUGACAGAGUCAGCAGUGACGAAGCCAGCAAUGACAGAGUCAGCAGUGACGGAGUCAUCGGUGACGGAGUCAUCGGUGACGGAUUCAUCGGUGACGGAUUCAUCGGUGGCGGAUCUACCGACUCAGACCAUGGAACCAGUUAAGAUAGUGGCGGCCACGACCGAACCAUCUUUACGCACAGAGGAACCCGCAGUUACUUUAGAAACCGUAACAAACGACGAUGCGAAAACGCAGGCAAAUGGAUAUAUGCAGCAUAGCAACAAUCCACUGGUUUUCGUAGCGCUGGCAGCUAUAUGCUGCAUUUUCUUGUUCGUCUGGGGACAUAAGAGGCGUUUGGGUGCAACCUCUAGCUCUAGUACAUCUGAUGGCACAAGCCCCAAGGGACAUAAGGUCCAAUACACGAAAGUACCAGAUGAGCAACUAUCGAGUCAAGAUUACGACAAUGAGUAUUGCGAUGAUUAUGAGGAGGAUACUUUUACGAAUGACCGGGAUGACUGGGAUGACUGGGAAGGUGAUUCUACGCAAAUACAGCUGAAUCCGUUCGCUGCGGCACCCAGUGCUCCGCCCUUGAAUCCACUACGCCAGAGCAAUCCCAGUCCCUACAAGCUCACCCAGCCCUUGCCUCCUCCACCACAGCAGCACGCACAAUUUCAGGAAAGUGUUGUCGCGAAUAUAGGUGACAUGCUAUUUUCAACUGUCGAAUCUAAUAGCUCAAGUGACUCUUUCGAGGUCGUUACAGAUGUAAUCCAAGCAUCCCCAAUAAGCAGCCACGAUGCCGUCGCUAACGCCGAGAAGGAAAAUGAGAGCGUCGAUGACCUGUUCAAACAAUUUGGUAUGGUGUUGCCAUUCAAGAAGAGAGUGGUAGUUCCACCUUCGCCUGCAGCCACCAGCGCGGAUUCUGUUUUUCAGCCUCCAGCGACAGCAGCAGCUCGUUCCGUGCCAUCCUUCCCUACUGCUGCAGAAGCGUCUGCACUGUUUGCGGCUGAGAUGGAAGAUGAGCUUACUGCUGUGGACGCAGCCGAAGAGUGGGGUGAAGAUGAUGAGUGGGUGAAGGGUAUUUGA